AGCGAGCAGGGCGCUGAGUAGUACAGUCAGGCAGCGCAUUGACGAACACAGUUGUUAAGUUCUGCCGCAGUGCCUUCCCGUCUUAUCCUAUUUGUUACCAUGGCGAAGCUCCUCCUCCUCCUGCUCUCCCUCGCUGGCCUGGCACACGCGACGAACAUCUCAAGCUGCGGCGGUUCGGCUCAGGUGAACACUGCUGACAUUAAGGUGACAGGAUGCGAACAACCCUCACAGCCCUGCACCUUCCACAAGGGAAGGAUGGCCACCAUCGCACUGCCAUUCACCCCAACCUCCCAGAUCUCUACUGUCAAGGCAGAGGUGCAUGGCAUCAUUGGUGGCGUGCCCAUCCCCUUCCCGCUGCAAAACUCUGAUGGAUGCAGAAACUCUGGCCUCACGUGUCCCCUCGUUGCUGGUGAACAGUACACGUACCAGGCCUCACUACCCGUCAGGAAGAUCUACCCAUCGAUUGGCCUGAAGGUCAAAUGGGAGCUGAAGGAUGGCAGCAACUCUUUGGUCUGCAUCAUGAUUGAUGUCAAGUUGGAGUAACAGCAAGGUGACUUCCUCAAACAAACCUCAUUGCUACACUCUGAUUUACUGUACAUGGUCAUGUAAAAGUUAAUCUCAUGUAAAUCUUAUGUUUAAUUGCAGAAAAAAAUCACCUCCGCCCCCAGGAAAGUAGUGUCUAGUACAUGAAAUUUAGUCCCCUUAAACUUGGCAUUGAAAGAUUAUAUAUAAAAAACUUCUCCUCCUCCAAAGACUAUGAGUGUUCAUUUGGAUGAUAAAUUUAAACUAUCAGAAAAGUACUUCAUUCAAAGGUUACUCUUUGAGCUUGGGCUUAAAAACUGGGGAAAAAAAGCACUUUUACAUAAGUAUUUAGAGUUGCUGGUUGUUGUUACAUUAUACCACUUAAAAAAAUGCAGUUUUAUUUAUGUGUGAAGUGAGUUGAAUUACUAUAAACGUGCAUGCAGUUUACAUUUAAUGAUAUACUUAAUUGUACAUGUAAAAGAUAAGUUCCUGGAUAUGUAUGGUAAAUAUAUAUGUAUUUGUUAAAUGUGGAAUUACAAGGUAAAGCUGUUCCUCAAGUUCAUAUUGAAAAGUGGGACUAACUGCUGGGUUUUAUGUAAUUUCUCAGUGAAAAUGGCAUAUGUAUGUCUACUAGAAGUGUAAGGAAAAAUACUUGUUUUUGUUAAUUAAACAUGGAAUCAAUAGUUACAUAAAGGAGUUUAUCAACGAGUUCAUUUUAAACACUGGAACUGUAAUUGCUGGGCUGCACAUAAGUUUUUCAGUGAAAAUCACAUGUGUUUGGCUAUCUGUUAUUACCUAUUAGGCUGCAUCUAAAAAUUGAUUUGGGGUGAAGACUUUGUUUAUCAACUAAGGAUCACUUUCAAAUUAUGCCAAGAUCCAUUUUAAACCAACUAACAUUUUGAGGGAGGGUUUCAUCCCCAUCACCCCUGCCCCUUAAAUACGGCCAUGUUGUCUGGCAUGUGGAAGUCUGAGUGAAAGCAAGAGCUCAGCAUGUCACCAGGUCACAAACAUUUCUAGCUUAAGGUAAUUUAUCAAUUAUUUUUUUAUGCAUACAUGAACAUGUAUAUUAAGUGUUCACAAUGUUGAUGAAAAACAUUUUUUGCAUGUUGCCAAUCAAUAAUUCAAAAGUUUUAUUCAUCAACUUGUACUCAUCUGAAAGAAUAAAAUCUUGAGAUGA